AUGCAGACUUCAGAUGAAGGGUCUGACUCGGUGUCCAGUGUGGUGCUGCACACAUCUACCUCCAUCCAGGCCCCUGUGGUCCAACCUGUCCCCGCUUCUCAGCAGAGAGUGCUGCUUCAGGCCGCAGGCUCCGGCCAGAAGGGGGAGCAGGUUCAGCAGAAGCUGUCAGUACCCAGAAUGCAGCAGGUCCCGCAGCAGGUCCAGCAUGUGGUCCAGCAUGUGUACCCAUCCCAGGCCCAGUAUGUAGAAGGAGGGGAGGCCGUCUACACCAACGGGACCAUCCGCACAGCCUACUCUUACAACCCCGAGGCCCAGCUGUACGGGCAGGCUGGCGGGGGGGCCUACUUCGACACGCAGGCCGGGGGAGGUCAGGUGACCACGGUGGUGUCACCGGCCAGCGUCCCCUCCCACGGCAUGGUGGGCAUCUCCAUGGACGGCGGGGGCAGCCAGAUCAUCUCCGAUGGCGGCAGCUAUCUCAUUCACGGGGGCGGCAUGGACAGCAGCCGGCACCACACCUCCCGCGCCUCCUCUGCAAUGCUUGAAAUGGUGAUUGAAAACCUCCAAAUGUCUGAAGGGACUGCAGCUCACAAAAGCGGUCUGCUCAGCAGCCAUCUGCAGUGGCUGCUGGAUAACUACGAGACGGCGGAGGGCGUGAGCCUGCCCCGCAGCUCCCUGUACUACCACUACCUGCGGCACUGCCAGGAGCAGAAGCUGGACCCGGUCAACGCCGCCUCCUUUGGCAAGCUCAUCCGCUCCGUCUUCAUGGGCCUGAGGACGCGCCGGCUGGGCACCAGGGGAAACUCCAAGUACCACUACUACGGCAUCCGACUGAAACCAGACUCGCCUCUCAACCGGCUUCAGGAGGACUCCCAGUACAUGGCCAUGAGACAGCAGUUUGUGCACCAGAAGCAGAGGUACAAGCCGCUGCAGAAGACUGACGGCUCGGGGGAUGUGCUGUCGGGAGGCUCCCAUCACCCCACCGGCAUGGCCGAGCAGGCGGGGUCCUCUCAGAGUCAGCAGCACCAGCAGUACAUCGAUGUGUCGCACGUCCUGCCCCCGUUCCCAUCCCCAGAUCUGGGCUCCCACCCCCUGCCGGACUCUGUCACCCCCGGUGACCUGAGGAAGCUGCAGGAGCUGUACAGGGACCACUGUGAGGCCACUCUGGAUGUGGUGAUGAACCUCCAAUUCCAAUACAUCGAGGAGCUGUGGCAGACCUUCUGGUAUUCACCAGCGCCAUCUAGUGAGGGAGCCGCCACUCUACCAGGCAGCGACGGGGACGCAGAGGGGACCCUGUCCCGGGAGGAGCUGGUGGCCCUGUGCAGGUGCGAGCCGGUGAAACAGUGGAUGAGGAGCUGUGAUCACAUCCUGUACCAGGCGCUGGUGGAGAUUCUCAUCCCCGACGUGCUUCGCCCCGUCCCCAGCACUCUCACACAAGCCAUCCGCAACUUUGCCAAGAGUCUAGAGGGCUGGCUGACUUCAGCCAUGAGCGGCUUCCCCCAGGAGAUCGUUCGCACCAAGGUUGCCGUGGUGAGCGCGUUUGCGCAGACCCUGCGCAGAUACACGUCCCUGAACCACCUGGCGCAGGCGGCCCGUGCAGUGCUGCAGAACACCUCGCAGAUCAAUCAGAUGCUGAGUGACCUCAACCGCGUGGACUUCACCAACGUGCAGGAGCAGGCGUCCUGGGUGUGCCAGUGCAGCGAGUCGGUGGUGCAGCGGCUGGAGCAGGACUUCAAGCUGACGCUGCAGCGGCAGAGCUCCCUGGACCAGUGGGCGCUCUGGCUGGACGGCGUGGUCAGCCAGGUGCUGAAGCCCCACGAGGGCAGCCCCAGCUUCCCCAAGGCCGCGCGCCAGUUCCUGCUCAAGUGGUCCUUCUACAGCUCCAUGGUGAUCCGGGAUCUGACCCUGCGCAGCGCUGCCAGCUUUGGCUCCUUCCAUCUCAUCCGGCUGCUUUACGACGAGUACAUGUUCUAUCUGGUGGAGCACCGCGUCGCCCAGGCGACCGGCGAGACACCCAUCGCCGUCAUGGGAGAGUUCAGUGACCUCAGCUCCAUGAUGCCAAUGCUCAUAGAUAAAGAUACGUCUCACUUCUCGGGCGACAUCAGUGACAUGGGCCGUGACGGAGAAGUGUCCAGGCUCCCCAGUGAGCCGGUGGUCAAGAGGGAGCGAAUCGAGAUCAACCACACACUGCAGGAGAUCUGAGGCCAGGAUCAUAGGCUGAGCUGUAUGUGUGUGUGCGCAGGAUCUACGGCGCCUGCU